AUUGGCUGGAUGGUGGCAGGGGCGGGCUGUGAUUGGUGCUCUAUAGUCAGGCGUGCCCGGCAGCGAUGCGGAAGACGGAGUGGCUUCAGUCCCAGUCUCAGAUGCAGAGACAGAGAGAGAUGGCCCGCGGAUAUGUGCUUCUGCUCCCGCUGCUGAUCGUCGUGCUCACACUGGCCACGGGUGUCUCUAGCCUCGACAAUGGCCUCGCCGUUACCCCCACCAUGGGCUGGCUCCACUGGGAGAGGUUCCUCUGCAAUGUCGACUGCGAGGAGGAUCCACACAACUGUAUCAAUGAACAGCUCUACAUGCAGAUGGCUGACAUCAUGGCAGCAGAAGGCUGGAAGGAUGUUGGCUACAGUUACGUUUGUAUUGAUGACUGUUGGCUCGCGAGCACACGGGAUGCCAACCACCGGCUGCAGCCCGAUCCCAAACGGUUCCCGAGUGGGAUGAAGAAACUCGCAGACUAUGUCCAUUCUAAAGGACUGAAGUUGGGCAUCUAUCAGGAUGUGGGGACCUACACUUGUGCAGGGUACCCAGGCAGCUAUGGCUACUAUGAACUGGAUGCUCAGACCUUUGCUGAUUGGGGAGUGGACCUCCUGAAGUUUGAUGGUUGCAACUUCAUCAAUUUGGACAUCAUGAUUGAGGGUUACAAGAACAUGUCGCUGGCCUUGAAUAAGACUGGGAGAGAUAUUGUAUACUCCUGCGAGUGGCCUUUCUACCUGUGGCCUUUCAAGGAGCCCAAUUACACAGAUAUUAAGAAAUAUUGCAACCACUGGAGGAACUAUGGUGACAUUGAUGAUUCAUGGGGAUCUGUGAAAACCAUCAUAGAUUGGACAGCCAACCACCAGAGUCUCAUUGCCCCAGUAGCGGGUCCUGGAGGCUGGAAUGACCCUGAUAUGUUGGUGAUUGGUAACUUUGGGUUAAGCAGAGACCAGCAGAUGACCCAGAUGGCACUCUGGGCUAUCAUGGCAGCUCCACUCUUGAUGUCGAACGAUCUGCGGAACAUCGACGCAGAUUCCAAGGCUUUACUUCAGAACCGAUACGUGAUCGCCAUCAACCAGGAUCCUCUGGGUGUUCAGGGCCAGCGAGUCAGCAAACUACGUAACUUUGAGCUGUGGUCUCGGCCCCUGGCAGGUGGAGGAUUUGCAUACGCUGUUGUCAAUCGGGCAGAGAUUGGAAGCCCACAGAAAUUUUCCAUCGUUGUUUUCAGCCUGGACUCCGGCAAGGCCUGCCAGAAGGAGUGCCUUGUCACACAGAUCCUGCCAGCUUUCCGGUUCCAGGGUAUCCACGUCCUGACCUCGGUGCUAGAGUUCUGGGUCAAUCCUACUGGCACUGUCCUCUUCACUGUCUUCCCUCAUAGCACUGGUUCCUCACGCAAGGUGGAAGCAUUGAGGAGCAAUGUGGACCGACGAUCCAACCUGUGA